UCACGAAUUGAUUAUGACAUAGUUAUAUGAUAUAUACUCGUGUGAACCACUGCAGGGUGUACAGAAGGAGUCCAUUGUCCUUCCAGCAGGACACCCUGCGCAUCUUCUCCCCGCUGUCCGGAAGGUGUCACGAGCUCCACACAUCGUGGGCAGUUUUACAAGGAGACAUUGUUCCUAAAUUGAGACAGGACUUCAUCUUCUCUCUCGCGGGGCGCGUUCAUGAAGCAGGGGUCUGUGUGUCAGCGCGCGUGUACCGGUUUGAGCCGGUAAAGAGCUGCGGACACCGACCGGAAAUCACCCCGCGGAGGCAGAAGAUGCGCCGUAGAGAAAGCACACGUUAACAGCGGCCAGUUGGCCUCAUUUAUUUAUGUACUGUGGUAGGUAAUAGGCAAUAGGAUUAGUUUUUAAAGCCAAAAAACUACGUUUGCUUUGAAAAGAUUCCGGUGACAUCAGCGAAUGACCAAAGAGUUGAAUCACGACGUGACAGGACUCCGCUCUACGGGACAUUACGGCAGCCAUGAGGACUUCCCAUUCCCAGCGCUGUUUGGGUCCAAAUGUUUACCCGGAGGUGCCUGAAGGUGGCUGGGGCUGGGCUGUGGCCGUGGCCUUCUUCCUUGUGGAGGUCUGCACCUACGGGACCCUCAAGAGUCAGGGUGUCUUCCUCCAGGACCUGAUGGAGGAGUUUGGGGAGAGCAACAGCCGAGUGUCAUGGGUUUUCUCCAUCUGUGUUUUCGUCUUUACCUUCACUGCCCCCCUGUCCAUGAUGCUGAGCAACCGCUUCGGCUUUCGACCAGUGGUGAUGGUGGGAGGAAUUCUCAUCAGCUUGGGAACCAUCACCUCCGCCUUCAGCACCUCCAUCAACGACAUGUACAUCACCGUCGGUGUUGUCUCCGGCCUGGGCUACUGCUUCGCCUUUCUUCCCACGGUUACCCUCUUAGCCCAGUACUUCUCCAGACAGCGAGCCCUCGUCACCUCUGUCGCCUCAUCUGGAGAAUCUUUCGCCAUAUUUGCAUUUGCUCCAGCUCUCUUUGCUCUGAAGGAACACAUUGGCUGGCGCUACUGUUUUGUGGCCCUUGGCACAUUUCAAGCUUCUGUGAUUGGCUGUGGACUUCUCCUCCGUCCAAUCAUUAUUGAGCCGGAGCCUGUAAAGGAGCGCAAACUGUCCGAUUCUCUGCCUCUGAAAGAGAGAUUGACUGUUUUGGAGCAGGAGAAUGAACUAAGCGGGACCUCCAUCAGUUCAGAGGACUCAGGUGUCACUUCCCUCUCUACUUCCAACGGAGACGUGAGGACGGCAGAAGCUGAAAACCAGGUUCGGAUGGAGAGGGAGGUGCAGGACAUAGAGGGCAAGAAGCUGUUACUGUCCACACCUCCCACAUCCAGCUCCAAACUUCUGGACUUUUCAGUGCUUAAAGACAGGGCCUUCCUCUGGUACUCCCUCUUUGGCUUGUUUGCAACGCUUGGCUUCUUCGCCCCGCAACUCUACGUCAUCGAACUGAGCAAGAGCCGGGGGGUGGAGCCCGGCGUGGCCUCCUACAUGCUCUCUGUGAUAGCUGUGGCCGAGAUCUUCGGCCGCCUGUCCAUCGGAGUGGUGUUGAAUAAGGUCCAGUGCAGGAAGACCCUAGUGGUGCUGGGCUGUGUGAUUCUGCUGUGCCUGGUGCUGGUGGCCUUCGCUAUUGUGUGGGAGUUCUGGGGCCUAGUGGUGUGCUGUGCCCUCUACGGGUACUUCAUGGGCACCGUGAGCUCCACCCACAUUCCAAUGCUGGCUGAGGAGGAUGUUGUGGGCAUCGAGAAGAUGGCAUCGUCUGUGGGAGUUUAUGUCUUCAUCCAGAGCUUUGCUGGACUGGCAGGGCCACCACUAGGAGGUGUGUUGAUAGAUGUCACACAGAACUACGGUGCUGCCUUCUACUCCUGUGCGGUGGGAAUGGGCCUCAGUGCCAUUUGCCUGGCUCUGGUUGGCCCGACCAAGUCAGGCAUGUGCCAAAGACAAAACAGACACGAAGAGGAAUGCAGGAGCACAGAGGAAGAGGAGAGAAUGUCUCAGGAUAGCGGCCAGUCAGACUUUCUGGAGGUGGACUUAAGAAAGGCUGCGGACCAGGAACAUGUCUCUGUAAUAUGAACCCAACUACAGCAUGACAUCACCUCAGAGCCAACAACACAGAGAUGGUCUUCACAGCUGGGUGCCCCUCUUUCUUAUCGAGCUGGCCCUCAGUGACACCUUGAUGUCUCCAUGUUGAGUUCCAUCACUACAUUUCUGUUCCAGCUGUUCAGGGCCGGGGCCUAAUCUCACAAUCCUCUGGGUAUCAUCGGUCUGAUGACCUUUAUCUCAGGAAAGUUGUUGUCAUGGAUACUGAGACUUGUCAUCAGAGCCUGCUGAACACUCACAUGAGUCACUGCUUCACUUCACAGUGUGAUCAUCCUGAAUGUCUUUUCCACGCUGGCCUAUAAUGACCAGUUGCUUCUAAAUAUGGUCCGUACUGUUAAUCUUAAGCUGUUUAUAAUGACGAUAUUUUUUAUAAGAUGAGUGCGAGGCUGGGACCUUUCUGUUAAGUGCUGUUCUGCUUUUAUUAUUUCAGAUCUAAAUAAAAUGUCCUCCAAACAGA